AUGCUCACGGUCUGCUACUUCAAGGACUGCCAUCAACCGGUCCAACCUGGCUCGUGGAAGUGCAUUUACCACCGCCGCCGGACUCGUUGCCUCGUUGAAGAGUGCACGAACCAGGUCUACGCGCGCAACCUCUGCGUGCGCCAUGGCGGCCAAAAGUCGUGCUGCGUUCAGGGCUGCUGCCGCAACGCUCGUCAAGCCGGCUUUUGCUACCGACACAGCGGCGACGACAGCCGGAGGCGGUGCUCCUUUGCUGGAUGCGUACGCAAGGCGAUCCUCGGCGGCAAGUGCAUCAGCCAUGGCGGCGCCAAAAUGUGCACGAUCGAAGGCUGCUCGUCGCACGUACGCAAGAAGGGUCUCUGCUGCCGCCACUACCGACUCUGGGCUGCCGACGAAGAGAAGAACAAAGCCAACGCGCCUGCUUCGGGCCUCGUGAAGGCCAACCCGACGGCAAUGAUGCAGACGCAAGCCGCGUCUACCGUUGUCUCAAGCGAUGACGACGACAACAGCUCCGACGACGGCGAGAUGCUGGACCUCAUCGACGCCAACUUUAUCGACCAAGUGUUUUACGACGUCGUCAAGGACGAAGUGCGCGCGUGGCCUGGCGCGCCGCCUCAAUGUUAACAAGGCACCCCAUAGACACUAGAAUUAGAUAGAAUAGACUUUAUGAAGACACCCUAUGCAAUACAGACUCGUACGCUACACUCC